AUGAGUGCUUCACCUCGUGACUUCUAUUACUCGAACAAAUAUAAUGAUGAUAAAUACGAAUACAGGCAUGUGCAUGUGCCGAAGGAUUUGGUCCGACUUAUACCAAAGGAUCGAUUGAUGAGUGAGAAAGAGUGGCGAUCACUUGGAAUUCAGCAGAGUCCAGGAUGGGUUCAUUAUAUGAUCCACAGUCCAGAACGACACGUUCUUCUGUUCCGUCGUCCUUUGAAAGAUAUUAUAUGUGACGAAAACAACGGCACCAUUAAGGAACAAGUGAACUAA